AUGAUCCCUAAACGGGUGCUAGUCAUUGCCGGCUCAGACAGCUCGGGCGGAGCCGGCCUCGAGGCAGACCAGAAAGUCAUUGCCGCCCACGGGUGCUACGCCAUGACGGCCACGACGGCGCUCACGGCGCAAAACACCCGGGGUGUGUACGAUAUACACCAUGUCCCGGCAGCGUUCUUGAGGAAGCAGAUUGAUGCUGUGAUUGAGGAUGUUGGGGUGGAUGUUGUCAAGACGGGCAUGCUUGCUUCGGCGAGUGCCAUAGAGACCAUCGCGGACGCUCUUGAGGCGCAUAAUGUUGAGCGGUUAGUCAUCGACCCGGUAAUGAUCUCUACCACAGGCGCGCAGCUACUCGCCCCCGACGCUCUAGCGAUCCUGCGCACGCGGCUGGUCCCGCGUGCCACCAUCCUCACGCCCAACGUGCCCGAGGCCCGCCUGCUGCUUGCCGACGCCCUUGGAGUAGGCGGCGACGGGCUCGAGUCCCAGUACUCUGUUGGUUCGGUCGCCGACCUCGAGGCCCUGGCUCGCAAGCUGCGGCGCGCUCUUGGUGUCCGGUGGGUCCUGGUCAAGGGCGGGCACUGUCCCUUUAGGGCGAGCGACGGGAUGCUGGCGAAGGAGGAAGCUGAGAGGGAGGUUGUUGUUGAUGUUUUGGUUGGUGGUCGCCAGGAAGGCAAGGGAGGGGGAGGGGAAGGGGAAGAGGAAGGGGAGGAGGUGAUCAAGGUGCAGAGCCCGUAUUGCUCGUCGAGAAAUACACACGGCACGGGGUGUUCAUUGGCUUCGGCGAUUGCGUCCAACCUGGCAAAAGGCAUGGAUGUUACGGCUGCGGUGAGAGCGGCCUGCCGAUACGUCGAGGCUGGCAUCAGGCUGGCGCCGGGCCUUGGGCAUGGGAAUGGGCCGCUCAACCACUUCCACUCGGUCUAUACCCUCCCCUUUUCGCCGGGCCAUUUUGUCGACUACCUCCUCGAGAGGCCAGAUGUCGCCCCUGUCUGGGACAGGUUUGUCAACCACCCGUUUGUGCUGGCCAUGGGCGACGCAACGCUGCCGCUUGAGUCGUUCAAGGGAUAUCUAAUACAGGACUAUCUCUAUCUUACGCACUUCGCUCGAGCAAACGCACUCGGCUCAUACAAGGCCAAAGCGAUUAAAGAUGUUGCCGCGGCGGCCGCCAUAGUCACACACAUCUACAAGGAGAUGGAGCUACAUGUUGGGUACUGCGAGAGCUUCGGCAUCUCCAGAGAGGAGAUGGAGAGCACCGAGGAAAAGGAAGCAUGCACCGCGUACACGAGGUACGUGCUGGACAUUGGGCAGUCCGAAGACUGGCUUGCGCUCCAGGUCGCCAUGGCGCCCUGUCUCCUCGGAUACGGCGUCAUCGCCCAGCAGCUGCACGCCGACUCGCGGUCCAAGAGAGAAGGCAACAUCUACUGGGCCUGGAUUCAGAACUACGUGGCCGACGAUUACGUUACGGCGGUCAAGACUGGCUCUGAGCUGCUAGAGAGACAUGCGCUGCUGCAAAGCCCGGCGCGAAUCGAGGAGUUGGCCAAGAUCUUUAUCCAUGCUACAAAGAUGGAGAUUGCAUUUUGGGAGAUCAUGUCUUCGUACGGCGGUGGUGGAUACGGCUCCCGCGGUGGCGGCGGCGGCGGCUAUUCCAACGGAUAUGAUCGCAACGGCAGUGGCUAUUCUGGCGGCGGUUACUCUGGAUCUAACGGCUACUCUGGUGGUGGAGGCUACGGUGCUGGUGGUGGUGGCGGCGGCUACGGCGGCGGCAGCUACGGAGGCGGCGGUGGUGAUCGCAUGUCUGCCCUUGGCUCCGGCUUGCAGAAACAGAACUGGGACCUGAGCACACUGCCAAAGUUUGAAAAGUCCUUCUACAAGGAGCACCCCGAUGUCGCCGCUCGGUCGCAGGCCGAGGUUGACAAGUUCCGCCGCGACCACUCCAUUACCGUCGCCGGUCGCAAUGUCCCGAAGCCGGUUGAGACUUUCGACGAGGCCGGCUUCCCCCGCUACGUGAUGGACGAGGUCAAGGCUCAAGGCUUCCCCGCCCCCACUGCCAUUCAGUCCCAGGGUUGGCCUAUGGCUCUCUCUGGACGCGACGUGGUCGGUAUCGCUGAGACCGGCUCGGGCAAAACCCUGACCUACUGUCUCCCUGCCAUUGUUCACAUCAACGCUCAACCUCUCCUCGCGCCUGGCGACGGUCCCAUUGUCCUCGUCCUCGCACCCACCCGUGAACUGGCUGUUCAAAUUCAACAAGAAAUCGCCAAGUUUGGAAAGUCGUCAAGAAUUCGCAACACUUGCGUCUAUGGCGGUGUUCCCAGAGGCCCCCAGAUUCGAGACCUGCAGCGCGGCGUCGAAGUGUGCAUUGCCACGCCUGGCCGCCUGAUCGACAUGCUCGAAUCUGGCAAGACUAACCUUCGUCGCGUCACAUACCUUGUCCUGGAUGAGGCUGACCGCAUGCUCGACAUGGGCUUCGAGCCCCAGAUCCGCAAGAUCAUCAGCCAGAUUCGGCCUGACCGCCAGACUCUCAUGUGGUCUGCCACUUGGCCCAAGGAGGUUCGCAGCUUGGCUGCCGACUUCCAAACUGAUUUCAUCCAGGUCAACAUUGGAUCUAUGGAUUUGUCUGCGAAUCACCGCAUCACUCAGAUUGUUGAGGUCGUAUCCGAGAGUGAGAAGCGCGACAGGAUGAUCAGGCACUUGGAGAAGAUCAUGGAGGAUAAGGACAGCAAGAACAAGAUCCUUAUCUUCACGGGCACAAAGCGCGUGGCCGAUGAUAUUACUCGGUUCCUCCGCCAGGACGGCUGGCCCGCACUCUCGAUCCACGGUGACAAGCAACAGAACGAACGUGACUGGGUUCUGGACCAGUUCAAGACGGGCAAGAGCCCCAUCAUGGUUGCCACGGACGUCGCUUCUCGUGGUAUCGAUGUGCGCAACAUUACUCAUGUGCUCAAUUAUGACUACCCCAAUAACUCGGAGGAUUAUAUCCACCGUAUUGGCAGAACUGGUCGUGCUGGCGCCAAGGGCACAGCCAUCACCUUCUUUACCACUGACAAUGCUAAGCAGGCGCGGGAUCUCGUUUCUGUGCUCCAAGAGGCUAAGCAACACAUCGAUCCUCGGCUUGCCGAGAUGGUACGCUACAGCGGCGGAGGUGGCGGCGGCCGCUAUGGCAGCUACCGAGGCCGCGGCGGCGGCGGCGGUUACCGUGGGGGUCGCUCUGGCCCCAACGACGCCAAUGCCCUGCCCAUUGGCAACCGCCGGUGGUAA